GUUUCAUAUGCAAAUCCGUUAGACAACAAAUCGCGCGCGACUGCACUUUCGAAAAGCAAUUCGAAAUUAAAUCAAAACACACAGCAGCCAAAAAUCUCGCUACAUUCUUAACUGCGACGAGCAUUUCGGACAUUAACCGUUACGCUUACGCGCGGCCCUCGCCUGUAGGUGUGCGAGCGUGUUUGCUUGUGUGUGUGUUCGGUACGCGCAUUUGCCGUGUUUUUGUGUGUGUGAGUGCGUAUGUGCGACAGAGAGUUGACAAUAGGCAAAUAGGCAAAUCAUAUGCCGCCCACGUAAUGUGUGACGAAAUUUAAAUUCGCCAUCUAUGCAAAUACAAUUGCACGAAUCGCAUGUAUGUGUAUGCGUCGGUGUGUCGGUGUGUAAAGCAUAAAGUGUUUCGGAGUGCGCUUGUGUAUUGGUGCUAGUUGGAUAUUCAUGCGGAUUACCAUAAACAUAAACAAAGGAUUAGAAAGAAAAGGCAACAGCCGCAGCUGAAGGGGAAGCGCAGAGCCCACAGAAGCAUUUUUGGGAUUACAGCAGCCGCAAUAGACAAAGCUGAAGGCGAAUAAGGAGCAGAAGGAGCAGAAGCUGUUUCAAAAAUAUCACUACAUUGCACAGAGGGUCGUCCACAUCCGUCAGCAGACUCCAUCAGCAGCAGCUGUGUGUGUGAGUAUCUAUCUGUGUGACAAGCGCAACUAAUGAGCAGCAGCGGCAACAAAUCGGAAACAGGAAGCAGCAACAGCAGCAACAGCAGCAACUACGAAUGAAAGUAAAACUGCGUGGCCAUUAUUAUCAUUACUAAAUAAUCGUAACUGUGAUAGCACCAAAGAAGACAGGAGAGCAGCAGCAGCCUCAGACAGCUGGGCAACAGAUACAAAAGCUAAACAGUUGCUGCCGUGCGUAAUUACGUUUCACUGAUUUUCAAACUAAUAAAUGUCGUACGCGCAAUCGCUGACAACAACAGCAACAAGAACAACAACUGUUUACUGAAGCCAAGCAGCCAACAAAACUUUGCACAAAAUGGCGCACAAAAUGAGGCAGACAACAGCAGCAGCAGUAUCAACAACAGCAGCAGCAGCAGCAACAGCAACACACACAACAGCAAUACAGAGCUCAACAAGAGCAACACGAGUUGGCACGCAUUCAAGUUCAAGGCGGUCAUCGUUAAUCACAUGUUUUAUAUCCUGCCACACGGUCGCCUCGCUUUUGUUGUUAUUCUCGCUGCUGGCCACGGCGCAAGCGGCCAGCAAGCUGACCAUUCGCAGCAACAACACAACAGCAGCAGCGGCAGCGGCAGCAGCAGCAGCUUCACAGGCGACGCCCGUCUGGGAUCAUGCCAUCGAUUUGAAUGAGGAUUUUCGCAUACUAUGGCAAAUCAUUAAUCAGGAUAUAACAUUUGAAAUACAGGCACGUACAUUGGGUUAUGUCGGCUUUGGAUUCUCGCCCGAUGGGAAUCUGGCUGGCGCGGAUAUGGCCAUCGGCUGGGUGGACAAGGGUCAAACAUAUUUUCAGGAUCGACACGUCACACGCAACGGCGACACGGAGCCCGUCGUGGAUCCCUCCCAGGAUUACAUGCUGAUGCUGGGCUACGAGAAUGCCACCCACACCGUGCUACGCUUCCGCCGCAAGUUGGACACAUGCGAUGCCAGCCAUGACAUCGCCAUAACGAACGACACGAUGCGCUUGCUCUACAUGUAUCACGCACAGGAUCCACCGCACGGCUCAGUGCGCCCGGGCACCCUGCCCGAUCCGGAGCGAGCCUUCCGUCCGUAUCGGCCAAUGGUGCUGAUGCAGCGCGCCCAGCUGCAGCUGCCAUCGCCGCACGACGAGCGCGUUCGUGUGCUGGAGCUGCGUAAUGAGGACGUGGAGCUGCCCGCCGGCGAUACGCCGCUCUUCUGGUGCAAAAUGUUCAAGCUGGAGGAUAUCAAUCGCAAGCAUCAUCUCAUUCGGUACGAGCCGAUUUAUGAUUCAUCGUCCAGCGUGCACUACUUGCAGCACAUAACGCUCCACGAGUGCCAGGGGGCGCACUCGGAGCUGGAGGAGCUGGCACGCGAGCAGGGCAGACAGUGCAUGGGCGCCCGCUCCAUACCGCUGGCAUGCAAUGCCAUUGUUGCCUCCUGGUCGCGGGGCAGCGAGGGAUUUACGUAUCCACACGAAGCGGGCUACCCGAUUGAGUCGCGACAGGCCAAAUAUUAUUUAAUGGAGACCCAUUACAACAAUUUGAAGCCGGACUUUGCCCAACUGCAUGCCAGACAAAUGGCGGAUAAUUCUGGUUUGAAAAUCUACUUUACGCACGUGCUGCGACCAAAUGACGCUGGCAUUUUGUCAAUCGGCAUGGAUGCCAACUGGCGCCACAUUAUUCCGCCGGGACAGAAGCGCGUGAUAUCCGAGGGCCAGUGCAUUGAGGACUGCACCGGCUACGCCUUUCCCGCGCAGGGCAUCAACAUUUUUGCGGUCAUGAUGCGCACACAUCAAAUCGGCAAGGAGGUUAAGCUGCGUCAGAUACGACAAACCGAGGAGCUUCCGCCAAUUGCACACGACAGCAAUAUAGAUGUGGCCUAUCAGGACUUUCGACGUUUGCCUCAGUCUGUGCAUUCCAUGCCCGGCGAUAGACUCAUCGCUGAAUGCAUUUAUGACAGUUCGUCACGAAAGGCAAUUACGCUAGGUGGCCUCACAAUGAAGGAGGAGAGCUGCACCGUGCUGACACUCUACUAUCCGCGCCAGAAGAAGCUGACAACGUGUCACUCUCUGCCCAGCCUGCCCACUGUGCUGCAUUCUCUCGGCAUCGAACAACUCGCAACCGACUCAAAUCCGGUGCUGAUUUCAUCACCGCCCGAAUUGGCUGGCAUGACUUUGGAGGCACGUCUGAUAUCCUACGAUUGGGAAAAUCAAUUUGGCGAGUUUCAGGAGGCAACACGCAAAGGCAGCUUUAAGCCCAUCUGCUGGGGAGCCAAAAAUCAUGUGGUGCCGGGCUCCGAGUUUCUCGAAGGCUACAGCAUAAAUGUGACCAAAACCUACAAGAAGCACAAGCGCUGCAAGCCGAAGCGCCUCUUCGCCCCCAUCACGGAGCGCACCGCGCCCGCUGCAGAUCUGAGCGAGCUGCCGGUGCUCCACGAGCUGGACAACAACAACAUCAUCGAGGGAGCUGCGCGCAGCAGUCGCAGCUCGGCGACCGACGGCCACGGCGGACUGAGCGGCGCCAGCGGCAGCAACUGCAACCAGCUCACCAGCGGCAGCUGUCUGCUGUGGCUGUGGCUGGGCGCCGCCUCCUGGUGGCUCUUGCUGCUGCCCAGGACGUGAGGAGCAGAGCACUAUCCACAGCAGGCCCAGCCACAGGCGCAGCAAAAGGCACAGCAGAGCGAAGAAGCAGCAGCAGCAGCAGCACAGGCACCACCGUCUAACUACACUAUAUAUACAUAAAUACUUAAAAGGCAAAAGCAAAACGCAACUACAACUCUUUAACUAUAAAUGACAGCUCUUAAUCCUACUACAGAACAACAGGCAAAACAAACACACACACACACACACACA